AAGGGCGCCACCCGGCGCUGGCGGCCACUCUGCUGCCGCAGCCGUCCUUUCGCCUGCCCGCCCGAAGCGCCGUCGCCUGCCCCCGCCAUGGGUCGACAGAAGGAGCUGGUGAACCGCUGCGGGGAGAUGCUGCACAUCCGCUACCGGCUGUUUCGCCAGGCGCUGGCUGAGUGCUUGGGGACCCUCAUCCUCGUGAUGUUUGGCUGUGGCUCUGUGGCCCAGGUCGUGCUCAGCCGGGGCACCCACGGUGGUUUCCUCACCAUCAACCUGGCCUUUGGCUUUGCCGUCACCCUAGGCAUCCUUAUUGCUGGCCAGGUCUCUGGGGCCCACCUGAACCCUGCUGUGACCUUUGCGAUGUGCUUCCUGGCGCGUGAGCCCUGGAUCAAGCUGCCUGUGUACACCUUGGCUCAGACUCUGGGAGCCUUCCUGGGCGCUGGCAUUAUCUUCGGGUUGUAUUACGAUGCGAUCUGGGCCUUUGCCGACAACCAGCUUUUUGUUUCGGGCCCCAAUGGCACAGCUGGCAUCUUUGCCACCUACCCCUCUGGACACUUGGACAUGGUCAAUGGCUUCUUCGACCAGUUCAUUGGCACGGCCUCCCUCAUCGUGUGUGUGCUGGCCAUUGUGGACCCCUACAACAACCCUGUCCCCCGAGGCCUGGAGGCCUUCACCGUGGGCCUGGUGGUCUUGGUCAUUGGCACCUCCAUGGGCUUCAACUCUGGCUACGCUGUCAACCCCGCCCGGGACUUCGGCCCCCGCCUUUUCACCGCCAUCGCCGGCUGGGGCUCGGAAGUCUUCACGACGGGCCGCCACUGGUGGUGGGUGCCCAUUGUCUCUCCGCUCCUGGGUUCCAUCGCGGGUGUCUUCGUGUACCAGCUCAUGAUCGGCUGCCACCUGGAGCCGCCCCCACCCUCCACCGACGAGGAGAAUGUGAAGUUGUCUCACGUGAAGCACAAGGAGCAGAUGUGAAUGGGCGGGGGCACCCCCGUGUCCUCUCAUGAGCGUCCAUUGACUGUGCAGGGGCUGCUCCCCAGAAGCCCUCUUCAUGACUCCCCUCCUGGGCUAGGAAGCGUCUUGUCCACCACCUCCCACUAGACAGCCCCCUUCAGGCUUUUCCAUCCUGGAGGAAAUAGGACCCAGUAGGACCCUCAGCCUGUAAGCUGUGGUGGCACAGGGAGCCCGGCCGAUCUAGCCCUUCAUCUCCCAGAGGGAGACAGUAGGUAGCCGGUGUGUGAGUGUGAGUGCAGGUGUGUGUGCGUGGUUUUCCAGAUAUUCAGGGCAAAGGACCGAGUGGAAAAGAUUCUGUCGGUGGGGUUGGGGUGGGGGUCCAGAGGAAGAGAGGGGAAGGUGCGGUGUCUGUCUGUGAAUGAGAAAAGCACGUUUCAGGGGCUCCAUGUGGAGGGGGGUCCAGGUACAGGCAUUUCUCAGUAUGUGCGUGUCUGCCCUUCUAUGCAGGGGGCUGUUAUAGGCUUCAGUAGGGUAGGAAUAUAAGUAGGGCUAGGAGGAGGGGGCCAUAGCCCAGUUGUGGAGCUCUGUCUAUUCAUAAAUAAGGAGCAGCAGAGUGAUGUGUUCAUGUCACAAUGGAGGCAUGAGGGGACCAGGGCAGGGGUGAAGUCCGGGUCAUAAUUUCACGUUUGCUCUUAAAAAUAUAUAUAUAUUAAUAUAUGUGUAUUAAUACAUAUAUGUAGUAGAUGUUACAGUUUUAGGGAUGGGAUUGGGAGAUCCCAGGGUCUGCCCUCCUUUAAUCCUCCACUCAACACAUGUAUUUUUGCCUUUUAUAAAAAAACAAUAAAAUGUAUGCCAAUUGUGUAAAUAGC